CUUCCAUUCUAGAUCUGUUUGUCUAACAGAUCGUUUGGUAUCAAAUGAAUCGAGAAUUCAUUUCAUUGUAAAAUGAAUUACCGUGUAAAAUUUAUUAUCAAAUGAAAUCUUGUGUUUGGUAUGUCAUAUUCAAAUCUUUAGAAAUAAAAUAAAUUGCAGUAUAAAAUUUAUUAUCAAAUAAAAAUGUUUAGUUAAAAUGCUAAUUAACCAAGCAGCCAAAUCCGGAACACAAGUACUGUUCCAUAUAAGGACGAGUAUUUGAGCCCAAAAAAACCCAUCAAUUAAAUAUCUCUGGCUGCCUCUCUUUCUCUCUCACUCUUGCUCCGGUCCAGUGCUGUGGGAAAGAAGACUAGAAGAGAGACAAGAGAGCGAGCGCAAACAACCCAAACCAACCCAAAGGGUAAAAGAAAAUAAAAGAAAAUAAAAGAAAGUAAAGGGAGAAGCGAAACGGAGCGAAAACCAGAGAGUCAUGGUCUCGACCAGAAGAAGUGGAUCUCUCUCUGGUAACAACAACAACAACCAUAGCACCCGUAAAUCAUCCUCCUCCUCCGAAGAUAAGCCUCCUUCGCCGAAGCGUCAAAAGAGCGAUAAUGGUACAGCAUCGGAAAAACCGAUGCCGGCAGCGGAAGCUUCCAAGGAAUUGUGCCCGCCACUGGCGCCAGAUCCCGCGGAAUGUGGGACCGCCGAUGGUGCGGUUGCGGGAGGUGGUGUCGGUGAGGAUGUGAGUCCUGGUAAAGGCGAAGCAGGACCUGCGGUGGCGGUGGUGCCGCCGAUCGCCGACGGUUCCACGCCGAUUGCACUGGAUAAACCGAGGAGUUCUUUCUCAUCUUGGAUAUGUCAGAAGCAGAACCCAAAUUUCGAGACGUUAACUCCAUGGUGUAAGCUUCUGUCACAGUCUGCACAGAAUCCAAACAUAAUCAUAUGCCCAGCAAGCUUCACUAUUGGCUCAAGCAGGCAUUGCAGUUUUGUGCUGAAGGAUCAGCCAAUUAGUCAAGUUUUAUGUAAAAUAAAGCAGACACAGCGCGAAGGGAGUACUGUUGCUGUCCUGGAAAGCACGGGGAGCAAAGGAUCUGUUCAAGUAAAUGGGUCUAUUGUCAAGAAGAAUUCUAGCCGUGUUCUUAGCUCAGGAGAUGAGGUGGUUUUUGGUCUAUUGGGUAACCAUGCAUAUAUUUUUCAGCAACUCCUAACUGAGGUUGCCCUGAAGGGCAUGGAGGUUCACAAUAGUUUGGGGAAAUUCUUGCAACUUGAGAGGAGGUCAGGCGACCCUUCAGCUGUUGCAGGGGCAUCCAUAUUAGCUUCUCUUUCAAGCCUUAGGCAAGAUUUGUCUCGUUGGAAGUCUACAGGUCAGACUUCUAGCAGAUUUCACCAAGGAGAUGAAGUUGCUGGUCCUUCUGUUCAGAAUAGCCCAGAGGUUGAUGUUGAUGCUUUGGAAGAAAUUUCAAUUCCUAACCAGGGGACUGAUAAAGCUGCAGACGUUGUAGAAGUACCCAAGAACGUUCCCCAUGAUUGCAGCCAAGACUCUGGCAUAGAGAAAUGCAAUGGCAAAUUAUCCGAGGUUUUAGAGGAAAAGAACGAGUGGGCGAGGGACUUUCAGCAGCCAUCGACCUCGGGGAUUUCACUUAGGGCUGCAGUCAUCAAAGAAGACAUUCAUGCUGGAAUUCUAGAUGGCAAAAACAUAGACGUUUCAUUUGACAACUUCCCAUAUUUCCUGAGUGAAAAUACAAAAAACGUGCUUAUAGCAGCUUCAUUUAUACACCUGAAGCACAAAGAACAUGCAAAAUAUACUUCAGAACUCUCUACUGUUAAUCCACGAAUUUUGCUAUCUGGUCCAGCUGGUUCGGAGAUAUAUCAGGAGAUGUUAGCAAAGGCACUUGCUAAUUACUUUGGGUCUAAAUUGCUCAUAUUCGAUAGCCAUUCAUUUGUUGGGGGCUUAUCUUCAAAGAAAUUGGAGCUUUUUAAGGAUGGAAUGAAUGCAGAAAAGUCCUGCACUUUUGCUAAACAAAGUCCUCUAACCACUGAUGUGCUAAAGAACAUUCAGUCAGCUGGUGAAGCAGAAACACCAAGCUCCUCUACUGCCCCUUCAGGGCGAGAAUCUCAAGCAAAGACUGAUUUUGAUAGUGUACCCUCCUCUUCUGGGGCAUCUAAAACUACAAAGUUUAAAUUAGGUGACAGAGUAAAAUUCUCGACAUCUGCUUCUUGUUUGUAUCCAACAGCAUCUUCAUCUAGGGGUCCACUCUCUGGGAUUCGGGGAAAGGUCAUUUUACUAUUUGAAGACAAUCCUAUAGCAAAAGUUGGUGUGAAAUUUGAUAAACCCGUACCUGAUGGGGUUGAUCUUGGAGGUUUAUGCGAGCUAGGUCAUGGAUACUUCUGCAACGUUACUGAUCUGCGUCUGGAGAACAGUGAUGAUUUGGACAGAUUACUUAUUAACAUCUUAUUUGAGGCUGUUUACAGUGAGAGCAGAACUUCCCCAUUCAUUCUGUUUGUGAAAGAUUCUGAGAAGUCCAUUGCUGCAAACUCCGACUCAUACACCACAUUUAAAAGCAGGCUUGAAAAGCUUCCUGACAAUGUGAUUGUUAUUGGCUCUCAUACACAGACAGACAAUAGAAAGGAAAAGUCACAUCCAGGUGGACUCCUUUUCACUAAAUUUGGCAGCAACCAGACUGCUCUUCUUGACCUGGCAUUUCCUGAUAGUUUUGGCAGACUUCAUGAUAGAGGUAAAGAAGUACCAAAGGCAACAAAACUUCUGACCAAGCUUUUCCCGAAUAAAGUUGCAAUUCACAUGCCACAGGAGGAGGGUCUUCUAGCUUCUUGGAAGCAAGAUUUAGAACGAGAUGCCGAAACUCUUAAAAUGAAGGGAAAUCUCAAUCAUCUCCGCACUGUUUUGGGUCGUUGUGGAGUCGAAUGCGAUGGCUUGGAGACACUAAGCAUCAAGGAUCAAACACUUACAAAUGAAAGUGCCGAGAAGGUGAUUGGUUGGGCUAUAAGUCAUCACCUUAUGCAUAAUCCUGAAGCUGAAUCUGAUACUAGGCUCGUUCUGUCUACCGAAAGCAUCCACUAUGGCAUGGAAAUCUUGUAUGCAUUGCAGAAUGAAUCUAAAAGCUCAAAGAAGUCUCUCAAGGAUGUCGUGACAGAAAAUGAGUUUGAGAAAAGGCUCCUGGCUGAUGUUAUUCCACCUAAUGAUAUUGGGGUUACAUUUGAUGAUAUUGGAGCUCUUGAAAAUGUCAAGGAUACAUUGAAAGAGUUGGUGAUGCUUCCAUUACAACGACCUGAGCUUUUCUGCAAGGGGCAAUUAACUAAGCCUUGCAAGGGAAUACUUCUGUUUGGACCUCCUGGAACUGGUAAGACCAUGCUUGCAAAGGCCGUGGCAACUGAAGCUGGUGCAAACUUCAUCAAUAUUUCAAUGUCGAGCAUCACUUCUAAGUGGUUUGGCGAGGGUGAAAAAUAUGUGAAAGCUGUUUUUUCUCUGGCCAGCAAAAUUGCUCCUAGUGUCGUCUUUGUGGACGAGGUUGAUAGCAUGUUGGGAAGGAGAGAAAAUCCAGGAGAGCACGAGGCUAUGCGGAAGAUGAAGAAUGAAUUCAUGGUGAACUGGGAUGGCUUGCGAACAAAAGACACUGAGCGGGUUUUGGUACUUGCAGCUACAAAUAGACCAUUUGACCUUGACGAAGCUGUCAUUAGAAGGCUUCCCCGAAGAUUGAUGGUAAAUCUUCCCGAUGCUCCAAAUAGAGCCAAGAUAAUGAAAGUCAUAUUGGCAAAAGAGGAUUUGUCUCCAACUGUUGAUAUUGAUGCAGUUGCAAGCAUGACUGAUGGAUAUUCUGGAAGUGACCUCAAGAACUUGUGUGUGACUGCAGCUCACCGCCCAAUAAAAGAGAUAUUGGAGAAGGAGAAAAAGGAACACGCGGCAGCUGAGGCAGAAGGUAAACCUCCACCAGCAUUAAGUGGAAGUUCAGACAUACGCCCUCUGAACAUGGAGGACUUCAAAUAUGCUCAUGAAAGGGUAUGCGCAAGCGUGUCUUCCGAGUCGGUGAACAUGACGGAGCUUCUGCAGUGGAAUGAACUAUAUGGCGAAGGUGGGUCUCGGAGAAAGAAGGCCCUCAGCUACUUCAUGUAAAUUGCAUCUUUUGUACAAUUGUGCCCCCUCGCCCUUUGCCCUCUUUUGUAUCUUUUAACUUAUAAAAGUUUCCCUUCUUUAUUUUUGUUUCAGCUCUCAGAGCAGUGUCAUUUUGUUGUAACAUUAAUAACCAAACUAUAGGUCUCGUCGGUGGUCAUUCUUUUUAACUUAAAAUUGUUGAGUAUUUUGUUGUGUAUGAGAUCGAGGUGGAGGGAAAAGAAAGGGCUGGGUUUUUUUGCGAGGAUAAAGGUGAAGGGAUGUAAAAGAGCUGGUGUUUGUAGUUUGUACUCUUUUCUUUUUUUCCUACCCAGCCGGUCUUCCUCGUCAAUCCACCAGCUGGCUCCACCAUGUUUAGAGUUCUGGGAGGAUGUGCCGAAAGUUGUGGGGAAGAAAGGGAAGAACAAGAACCUCUAGUCGUACUGUGAAUGUGUUGUAUUAUUUUGUUGGCACUGCCAAAUAAUAAUAAUGAUUAAUGUCU